AUGGAAGAGGCCCGUAGUGACCGAAGAUUAUUUCAGUUGAUCCGUGCGAAUUGGCCCCGGAAACAAUCUGUGAGCGAAACCUCCAAAGAUGAGAAGGGAGAGACCAUAUUCAAUAAACAAGAACGCAUCGACCGCCUUCGAGCGUACAAUUUUUGGAGGACGACACAUCAACAGUUCCCAAGUGGCUUGAUGGGAUCAACAGACACACAAGCACAUGACUGCUUUAAAAAUAUGACCCCGAGGUUGGAAAUCUUCUCAUACAUACUGCAUCUUACCCUUGGCUCCGCGGCUCAGUUUUCAUGA